AUGUCAACACCUCCCGCAGCGGCUGCAACAAGCCCAAAGAGUGAAAAAAGCCCCGCCAAGAAUAUGACCAAAAGUCCCUCAAAGAGCCCCUCAAAGAGCCCUUCACAGCCGCCGCAGACGAAUGUGGCAGAGACCGGUGUUUUGGAACCUGAGCAUUGGCAACAGCUUGCUGCUGAGGACGGGAAUCCUGAUGACGAUGAUGCUCAUUCGUUAAGCGAGGAGAGUCUCAAUUCUUCUACAGCUUCCAUCACCUCCAGUAUCUUUGAGUACCGCAAGCUCCAUGGUAGAACAUACCAUCGGGAAAUUGGCAGUGCACAGUAUUGGGCUGCCAAUGAUGAGCGACAAAGUGAAUUGCUCGACAUCAACCAUCACUCUCUUACUCUUGGCAUCGGAGGAAAGCUUCACCUCGCGCCUAUCGAUACAGAGAAGAUCACUAAAGCUCUUGACAUCGGAACUGGUACCGGUAUUUGGGCUUUAGAUUUUGCCGAUGAACAUCCCAACAUUCAAGUUAUCGGCACCGAUGUUUCUCCCAUUCAGCCCUCUUGGGUUUCACCAAACGUGCAAUUUGAAAUCGAAGAUUGCACCCAAGAGUGGACUUUUGCACCCGACUCGGCUGACUACAUUCACAUCCGCUGGCUUAUUGGCGCCAUCCCCGAUUGGUACAGAUUCUUCGGCGAAGCUUACAAGACUUGCAAGCCCGGCGGUUGGGUUGAGACAUUCGAACCCUCUGGUAUCAUCACCAGCGACGACGACACCGUCAAGGAAAACUCGGCUCUAGACCAGUGGGGCAAGAUCUUCAUUGAAGGAGGCAAGAAGUUGGGCUCAAGCUUUACAAUUUAUGAAGAUGAUAUCCAGCGGAAAGCCAUGGAAGCUGCUGGCUUUGUUGACAUCCAGUCAUUCGAGUUCAAGACCCCUAUCGGAGGUUGGCCAAAGGAUCCAGCGAUGAAGGAGUUGGGUCAAUUUGCCAAGAUGGCAUUCCUUGCUGACCCUGAAGGAUUCGUCCUUUUCGUUGCCAACACCAUCGGUUGGUCCGAGUCCGAGAUUCACGUCUUUCUUGCUCAUGCUCGCAGAGAGAUUCAUUCAGGCAAGCAUCAUCCUUACUAUAAGCAGCGCGUUGUCUGGGGUCGCAAGCCCGAAUAG